CUUAAGUGACUGAGCACACACGUAACUUUGGGGCUGGGGUGGUGCCUAGGAGCUUUUUGCAGGACCUGGGAACUUGGGCUAGAUUGCUCAACUGAGAGAAAGAAGUUGUAGGUCUAUGUUUUAGGUUCACAACCAUGCCAUUCUCCCUUGACACUUGCUCAGGCCCUGAAUCCUGACUGUGAGAGCUCAGGAUGCCCAUUAAGCCAGAUCUUGGGUCCUGGAGGAAUCAUAAGCCUACAGGGACUUGUAGUAGUAUCCCAAAGGAGUUGCAUAUACCGGUUCAAAGAGCACAGGACUCAGACCCCAAUACCACCUGUGACUCUGUGUAAACUGAAUUUACUAAUCUGGGUAAUCUACCUUGCUGGAUUCAUUCCCUCAUCAAUGUGUUGUUAUUGAGCAGUUACUCUUACGCUGGGCACUGUGGUAGAGGGAGGGGAUACAGCAGUGAAAGAGACAGACCUCACUGGCCUUCCAUUCCAGUGGAAAAGAUAGGCAGUAAAUAUGUUAACAAAUGAAUAAGAUGAAGAGUAAACUGUGAAAAGAAAAAUGGCAAUAAGAUAGAGAGUUAGAAUGGCAGGGAAUGGCUCUCCAGAGAGUACAGCAAGCGCAGAAGGUAGCAGUAAGCUUGGUUUGCUCAAAGAGACAAAGACUAGGCUGGCUGAAGCAUGGGGUCAAGGCAGAGAAUGGUAGGAGAUGCCUUUGAAGCGAUAGGCAGGGGAACCAAUCAUGGGUCUCUGUGAUUGAGUGACCAAAUGAGACGCCAGGUUGUUAUCCUUGAUAUAUGCCCUCUGGCUUGAGGAUCUACCUUAUGUUGAGCCCCGCAGGAGGACGAAGAGGUCCCAACAGGACAUCCUACUGUCGAAAUCCACUCUGUGAGCCAGGAUCCUCUGGGGGCUCGGGUGGGGGCCACACUUCCAGCGCAUCGGUCACCAGUGUCCGUUCCCGCACCAGGAGCAGUUCGGGGCCGGGCCUCUCCAGCCCGCCGCUGGCCACCCAGACGGUCGUGCCCCUGCAGCACUGCAAGAUCCCUGAGCUGCCAGUCCAGGCCAGCAUUCUGUUUGAGCUGCAGCUCUUCUUCUGCCAGCUCAUAGCCCUCUUCGUCCACUACAUCAACAUCUACAAGACAGUGUGGUGGUAUCCGCCCUCCCACCCGCCCUCCCACACCUCCCUGAAUUUCCACCUGAUCGACUUCAACUUGCUGAUGGUGACCACCAUCGUUCUGGGCCGCCGCUUCAUUGGGUCCAUCGUGAAGGAGGCUUCUCAAAGGGGGAAGGUCACCCUCUUUCGCUCCAUCCUGCUGUUCCUCACCCGUUUCACCGUUCUCACGGCAACAGGCUGGAGUCUGUGCCGCUCCCUCAUUCACCUCUUCAGGACCUACUCCUUCCUGAACCUCCUGUUCCUCUGCUAUCCGUUUGGGAUGUACAUUCCGUUCCUGCAGCUGAACUGUGACCUCCGCAAGACAAACCUCUUCAGCCACAUGGCCUCCAUGGGUCCCCGGGAGGCGGUCAGUGGCCUGGCGCGGAGCCGGGACUACCUGCUGACACUGCGGGAGACGUGGAAGCAGCACACGAAGCAGCUGUACGGCCCGGAGGCCAUGCCCACCCACGCCUGCUGCCUGUCACCCAGCCUCAUCCGCAGUGAGGUGGAGUUCCUCAAGAUGGACUUCAACUGGCGCAUGAAGGAGGUGCUGGUCAGCGCCAUGCUGAGCGCCUAUUACGUGGCCUUUGUGCCUGUCUGGUUCGUGAAGAACACACAUUACUAUGACAAGCGCUGGUCCUGCGAGCUCUUCCUGCUGGUGUCCAUCAGCACCUCGGUGAUCCUCAUGCAGCACCUGCUGCCUGCCAGCUACUGCGACCUGCUGCACAAGGCCGCUGCCCACCUGGGCUGCUGGCAGAAGGUGGACCCGGCGCUGUGCUCCAACGUGCUACAGCACCCACUGGAAGCUCCUCAAGGCUGGGACCACCCCUGUAUCACAUCUGAGUCUUGGGCCCAGCACAAGGCCUGGCGGAGAAGAGGCCCCCAGGACAGGUUUGUGGAGGGAGGCCACAGAGGCUCAGCCUCCUAAUGUUGGCCCUCCGUGCCAGUCAAGGUCCCUCCUCUAUCCAGGUGGUCCAGAAAGCAGAUGGGUGUUGCCAAAUGGGCCGAAGUGGGGCUUGACUUAGGCUUAAGGUUCUGAGAGGAAAGGGAAAGAGAAAGAUAGUACAUGGCUAAAUACAAGGAUAAACCUGUCCAUGGCUCACCAUGGUCUGCAGGUAAGAUCCAAGCUCCUUCACAUGGCAUCUCAUGAUGAACUGGCUCCUGCCAGCCUUUUCUGCCUCAUCUCUUCCCCUAACCCGACUCAUCUUCUGCUCCAGCCAGACCCAGUCUCUUCAGAUCCUCAAAUUCUGUCUGUACUUCCAUACUCAGACUUUUGCAUUUAAUACAUGUUUUGCCUUAAAUGGCCUUUCCAACUUUCUUUUCCUGCUUAAUUCCUAUUCAUCCUUUAGCACAUGGCUUCCUCCAGGAACCCUUUCCCUACCACCUGCAGGAUAGGUUCAGUGUCCCUGCUCUGCCUGCGCUCCCCCACCCCCGCAGAACCAUGAGCAUUGCACCUAACACUUUCUGCUGUGUUUGCUUGGUUACUUGCCCGUCAUUCCAGGACUAAAGCUCUUGGAGGUCAGGGUCCUUGUCUAUCAAGCACUUGGCCAUCUCCUCACUUUUGGCAAAAUGCCUGGCUUGUGAUAGGUCCUCAGCAGAUUUUUUGUGUUUUUUGUGUAUAUUUUUUUUUUUAAGGUAAAAUUUCCUUAUAGUUGAAAUGUAUAAGUCUUAAAAAGUACACAAUUCUCUGAGUUUUGAUGAAAGUCAUACACACCAUGCAACCCAUCCCCUGUCAAGAUACAGAACAUUUCCAGCCAAUCAGAAAAUUUCCUCCUGGCCCUUCCCAAAGACCCCUCCCUCUGGCAACCAUCUUUCACUUCAUUUCACCAUAGGCUAGUUUUCUCUAUUCUACAACUACACAUAAAGUAAAUCAUAGAAUAGAUGUUCUUGGGCCCAGCUUCUUUCAUUCUGCGUAUUCUCUGUGAGUUUCAUCCAUGUUGUUACAUAUGACAUGGGGGGGGGUGUGCACUCAGCUGUGUCUGACU